AUGCGACUGAUUGACACGAACACGGGCGAGCUCAAAGAGUACACGGGCUCUCAAAUACCACCUUACGUCGCUCUCUCCCACCGCUGGACUGACGAUGAAAUCACUUUCAAAGACUACAUCAAGGAACGUAGAAGAGAGUCUCUGGGCUGGAGGAAAGUCGUCCUCUUUCGCAAAGUUGCCCGAUUGCGUGGCGUCCACCAUGUCUGGAUCGACACAGUCUGCAUUGACAAGAGGAGCAGCAGCGAGCUCAGUGAGGCGAUUAACUCGAUGUACCAAUGGUACGCAAACGCCAUCGAGUGCUAUGCAUAUCUCUCAGAUGUGGAUGACGCCCUGGAUGAAACAUUUGAACAGCUACGCUCUUCGGUGUGGUUUACACGUGGCUGGACGUUGCAAGAACUAGUCGCACCCAAAAGCGUCAGUUUCUACACCAGCAACUGGAUCGCGAUGGGAUGGUGCGGUCACGAAACCGGAUACGAAAACACCAUGACCACCUUGGGCAGGCUACUUGAGCGGAAUAUAACCAAAGUGAUUUCGAAAAUCACGUCAAUCCCGGUCGAAGUCUUCGAGCACAACGUCGUGAUCUCUUCGCGACGCACUGCCGAAAAGAUGAGCUGGUUGCGGAAUCGAACAACCACUCGCGAAGAAGACAUGGCGUACUGCGCCUUAGGCCUCUUCGGCAUCAACAUGCCCUUGUUAUACGGCGAAGGCUCGCGCGCCUGGAACCGUCUCCAAGAGGAGAUCAUCCGCACGAGCAAUGACGAAAGCAUCUUCGCCUGGAGCGGC